AUGGUGUCGGAGGGAAUUGUCCUGGGCCACGUCGUCUCAGAAAAAGGUAUUCAGGUGGACAAGGCAAAGGUAGACGUGAUUUCAAGGAUUCCUUAUCCUACAAAUCAGAAAGAAGUGAGGGGAUUCUUGGGCCACGCGGGAUUCUACCGAAGGUUCAUCGAAGACUUCGUAAAAAUUGCACAGCCACUUACCCGCCUCAUGCAGAAUGACGUGGACUUCAUCUUCGAUGAGGCAUGUCAAGGGGCCUUCCAACUUUUGAAGGACAAGCUUGUAUCAUCCCAUAUAAUCAGAGCUCUAGACUGGAAACACCGCUUCGAGGUGAUGUGCGAUCCCAGUGACUAUGCCGUCGGAACAGUGCUAGGUCAAAGAAUUGAUGGAAAGAGCUAUGUAAUUUUCUACGCCUCGAAGACUCUUAACCAGGCCCAGAAGAAUUACGACACCACAGAGAAAGAAAUGCUAGCUGUUGUGUAUUCCUUUGAAAAGUUCCGACCAUAUUUACUUGGGUCGAAGGUGAUUAGAAGAUGUAUUCCAGAAUGGGAACAGAGGGACGUGUUGUACCAUUGUCAUACAUUGGCAUGCGGUGGGCAUUUUGGCCCAAGAAAAACUGCUCGGAAGGUUUUAGAUAGUGGAUUUUACUUGCCGUCUUUGAACAAUGACGCUUAUGAGUUCUGCCAGAAUUGUGGUCGCUGCCAGCAGACUGGGGGAAUCUCUACUCAUGAUGAGAUGCCCGAGGUCCCAGUAAUCGUCUGUGAAGUGUUCGAUGUCUGGGGGAUGGACUUCAUGAGUCCAUUCCCGUCUUCCUACGAAAAUUUAUACAUACUAGUGGCAGUAGAUUAUGUAUCGAAGUGGAUAGAGGCUAAGGCGACUGCCACAUGUGAAGCAAAGGAGAGCAACGGGCAGGCAGAAAUCUCCAACCGGGAGAUCAAAGGAAUUCUAGAGAAAACAGUCAACCCGUUAAGGAAGGACUGGAGCAAACGGUUAGAUGAUGCACUCUGGGCCUACCGGACUGCGUUCAAAACUCCCAUUGGAAUGUCGCCUUACAGGCUCGUGUUUAGAAAGAUGUGCCAUCUCCCAGUCGGUGUAGAACAUAGGGAGUACUGGGAAGUCAGAGAGACGAACAUGAAGCCCCAGACCUGUGAGGAGGAGAGGAAGCUCCAACUGCAAGAGCUGGAGGAAUUGAGGCUUGAGUCAUACGAUGUUGCGAUGUGGUACAAGGAAAAAACUAAGUUGUGGCACGACAAAAAACCUCCGGGUCAAGGAGUUGCAGGUUGGUCAGAAAGUGCUCCUGUUCCAAUCACGGUUGAAGCUGAUGCCCGGAAAGCUAAAGUCUAA